AUGUCCUCAUUAACCCCAUUAUUAAAUUCUGAAAAAGAUUACGAUGUUGAUAAUAUAAAUGGAACUGAUUAUAACGACAACAGUUUAAAUAACAAUGAUGGAAGUGAAAAAUAUAUAACAUUCGUGCCUCAUAGUGGAUUCCAUAAUCAAAGAAUAGGAUUAGAAAAUGCAAUAUUUAUUGCUUGGUUCCUAAAUAGAACAUUGAUU